AUGGCUAAUGGAGUUUCCGACGAACUCGACCAGGAGACUAACAUCAAGAGUUGGCUAUCGACAGUUGAACCUUCCGUGGAACCGCCCAGCAACACCGCCUUAUGUCGCGUAAGCUACUCCUUCAAAAGUCUGCCCAGCAUCCACAUCAUCCCGAUCCAAGUGACCAGUCUCGCCGAUGCCAACGUCAAUACAGACAGCGAUCAUCGCCCUAUCUUUAGCAAAAGGCUGAGGAAACAUGCCAUCGAAAGCUUCAUCAAGAAAGAGCUUGUUGAGCUUGAGAACAAUUAUUCGCUUAGACUAGCCGAAACUGGAUUCAAGAAUGCGGCGGAAGAAGGACUGAUCGAUCACAUCCUCGUUUUGGACAUCGACAUGGAACAGGAAGUCGAGCGGAAGCUUCGAGAGAUAAGCGACCGGAAGGAAAUUCUCGUCCCCACGGUCGAAAAGCGAGUCAGAAACGAAAAGAUUGCUGAGGCUGUGUAUUGCGAUGUACAGGCUCGCGAGGUGUUUUCCGUCAAGACCGAGGCCACGACCAAAGCCAUGACCGACAAGUACUGGAAGAUACUCAAGCUGCUCAUCCGAGAUGUCACCAUUCGCUCAAUUCCUCCGAAAGGAUUCUUGAGUAACUGUAAGCAGAUACUGUUUGAUAACUGCGCCGAGGACCCCAAUUCGCCGCUCAGGUCAGAUUUUGCUACAGAUGCAUCCGUUUCUUCAGAUUGGUCGUCAUUCUCGUCUUUGAAGUCGCAAGAUGCACUCGUCAUCAAAGAGGCCAAUUUCAUGAAGGUUCUAUUUCGAUCCAACGUUAAGAUCGAUCCCGUACAGCCGGCUCUACAUCUUGAAUUCGAUCUCGUACCAGGCUUAGGGGAUGGCAUCCGCCUUUCCGACCUGGUGCUAGGUGUUUUGGGACCUAGCGUUCUUACUGGUCCUGAACACAUCAACCUUUCGACUAUCCGAUCCAUGCUGGUUGGUCUUCACGUUACCCGUAACCACGGCCUGCCACUCAUUACAACAUCGGGUACUGGAAGCACCGCAACAGGUACUGCAACUGGACAAGACCUUUCGAGCGGAAAUUUGUCGCGCCCAUCACCUCGAAAUAGCACUAUUGUCCCAUCUCAAAGUGCGAACGUCUCACAGUCGUCUAUGGAUACGAACGAAAGCGGUAACAAGCACCCUUUCGUCAUUCAAAACGUUAAGCUAGCAGGCGCCGUUCCGGAUUUUCAGAUCGAGAACGAGAGAUUUAGCGUCCACAAGUACUUUGCUACCAGGAUCCUCAAGAGAAGCUUGGAGUACCCCUCGCUUCCACUUGCCGAGAUUGCUAGAAACACCUGGGUACCCCUCGAAACUCUACUCACAAGCGGCGAUCAAAUGAUCACUCACCGAGCAUUGACGAAAGCUCUUAUGAAGCGCGCGCGUAAGGCUUACGAAUCGGAUGACGACCACGAGCGGCGUGCAAAGGAAGUGGCCAACAGUAUCGUUGAGCCUCUCGCCGGCUUGCUCAAGUACGACGACAUGGAACAAAUUCCAAUCGGAGAGUUCGAAGCGCUCACCCCAAAAGGAUCGAGGAAAAGCACGAAGACAAAGCCGAUUCCUCCAAGGCGUCUCACAUCCUCCGUCUCCAGUCAAACCAUCAGCCUGAGACUUGGCAUUAUUUACGUCGAAGCCAAGGGAGUCCGACGGAGUCCCUCGAUUGUUGUGAAUGACAUAGUCAAUAAUCUUAAAGCGCAGCACAACGAUUCAGAACUCAUCAAGAUCGAUCCGGAGUUUAACCUUCCCACCGCCUCCGUUGCGGACACGAAGCCAUUACUACUCGUACCAGACUUUGGGGGCUCAGCUGAGCUGCGAGCUCUAUACCAGGCAAGGCCAAAUACCAUCCUCGCGAUUAUCGAUAGUACAGGACGGUCUGUAUCAGAGCUUCGCAACAUCCGCGCAGACUUACAGAAGUUCGGCAACCGAAAGAUCGGCGCUGUUACGUUCUGCAUGACAGAGAAGAAUCUUGACCAGUCGAUGCGGGCCAAUGAGGGCAAAGUCAACUAUUUUCCACAAAAGGUCCUUCAGACUCUUUCGGUCAUGCACGGUCAGCCGCUUUUCACGGCCGACGUUCUGAGUGACACCAGCGGCGUCUCAAAUCCAUUGAUCAUCGGAGCACAUAUAUCGCACCCCGGUCCCGAAUGUGCCGAGCACUGUCCUUCGGUUGCAGCUGUGGUAGCUUCCAUCGACGAGCGGUUGGCAAAAUUUCCUGGCUCGGUGCGUUUGCAGCCGACCUAUAGCUCAGCUGCAUGGCCUGGUAAACAUCUGAAGCGCACGAUGGAAGACCAAAUCCUUGGCCUCGACGUUAUGGUAACCGAGAGACUUCAGGCUUGGAAGAAGUACCACCCCGCGGCCGUUCCGUCCGUCAUAUUCUACCGUGACAGUAUCGGUCACCUGGAGAAGACAACUAUCGACAAAGAGAAGGACACCAUCUCCAGAGCCCUGACUGCCGUGUUUAGUACAAGAGUGAGCUUCAACUACGUAGUGGCCAACAAAUGUCGAAACUCUCCUUACGAUCCCCGAUUGGAACCCAGCAUGGCCGACGACGAGAAGGAAUUCUUUACUACCAAUGAGCUCAAAGCUUCCAAUAAAGGCCGCCAGUUCCGGUACUUUGUUCAGCCCGCAACAGAAACUUUGCCUUCACUCGAUCUAAGCAUGGCAGACUUAGCACGGCUGACGUACAACUUGAACACUACUUUUCAGCUCGACAAGUGCGUCGCAAUCGCACUUCCGUUGCACUACGCCCGAAAGCUCGCACUCCACACCUUCAACUACUUCCGGUUUGCCGUUACUAAUCAAUUUGACCUCGUGCCCAGCAUGUUGCGUCGACUGCACAGAGGCGACGAAGAGGUCAAGUCAAACGGUCAAGAGAUGGUGAAAGUGAUGCGCGAGUAUCUCUUCAGCGACGAUCCAAGUCGCAACAACGAAGUUAGUCAACCGUUCGGACGCGACAAUCCCUGGCUGGAACAGCUCGAUGAGAAGAUGUUUUACAUCUAA